UUCUCAAUAAAUAUUUUUGUAAAUGAAGAAAAUUCAGCAUCAAAGGAAAAGGGAAAUUUCCAAAAAGUCACUCUGAGACGAAUACCUCGCUUCAGUGUCUAGCAUCAGGGAUGCUCACAUUACUAUAAAGAAGAAGGCUAAGAAAGUCUGUAAGAAAAAGGGCGAUAAGAGGCCCAAGGGAAUUUUAGAAGAUGUUACUCAAAAAUCAUUAGCUGCAAACCAAGUAAAAAUUGUCAAGCAAAAUCCAGACCACUGUCAGGGUCUAAAGGAAAACAAACCAGGAGUGGAUAUCCUACAUUCAAUCAAGCCUCUGAACCUCUUUGCUGAUGAGGACAGUGAGGGUCUGGACCUGAUCUCUACAAAUGAUCUUGAAGCUGAAGAUGAAAUUCUCAUCAGUGUUGAGAAUAAGUCUACUCACAAUUCGAAGAAUACUAAAUCCCAUGGUGGCUUAGAAUCGACUCUGAGAAAACGAAGGAAAAUUAGGAAGAUUAUAAGCACUGCCAAGACUACGAUUACUUACCUUGCAGAAGAGUCUGACCCAAUGAUCAGCAAGAUUAGUAUGAAACUCUUCAAUUCAUCAGGAAUGAGAAUCUUGAAGACUCUGAUUGAAAAGGAAGAGAGCUUCCCUGCUCCACUAGCCAAUCAUGAAAUAGUCCCGCAAAUGAGAUCAAGGAUGAUAGACUGGAUGAUCGAAGUCUGCUCAGUUUACAAAUAAAGGAGAAGACACUUACUUCCAUGCAGUGUAUCUUUUUGACAAAUAUCUUUCACUUACUGAUAAAAUCCUUGAUGAUGCAGAUAUCCAUUUGAUUGGAAUAACUUGUCUUUUCUCUGCUUCUAAGUACUUGGACUACCAAUGACUGAGUCUGAAGGAGGUCUGUGAGAACAUCUCCCAUAAUAUAUUUUGACAGACCAAUAUUCUGAAAUGAGAAAAUGAUCUUCUUUAUACUCUUGACUUUCAAUACGAUAUAGUUACUCCUUUUCAGUUCAUUUCAACCAUAUUGUUGAUCGUAAAAACCAUAAUUGGAGAUGAUCAGAGCAACCAACUAUUUGCAUGUCUAGAAGUGGCCUCGAUACAAUAUGCAAAGAUGAGUCUAGUCAACAAAGAUCUCUGAAGGCUAAAGCCUUCAGAGAUAGCCUUCGGCUGUAUCUCUAAUGCUUGAAACUUUCUGAUCACUCCUCAAUCUCAUGAUACAUUGAGAGAGAGCUCAGAUUUCAAUAAGGACCUUCAGGUUCUUAGCAGUAUCGUGGAGGUCUUCCAAGCCUUCUUUCAGGACUCUAUAUUUAAAGAUGUAGAAAUCAUUGACAUAGAGAACCUCAUUGGGCAACAUCUGGCUUACUUCUCCAAAGAAUUCCCAGAAUGAGAGAAUGCACAUAAAUUCUCUUUAAUGUCUAAAUAAUUUUCCAAGCAGGCAGAUCUAAAA